CUGCAUCUCCCAACUGCAACUCCCCACCAACUAUUGAAAAACGAAUGCAAAGCCCCUUGGAUCCAUAUUAAUGCAAUAGAACCAUAUUCACAUCUUCACUCAUCAAAGAAGGGCUGCUUACUCAAAAGGAAGUCAGCAGACGCCACGUCCUCAGCUGACCGCUAGGGUAAAGUUUCCAAGGUUAGCAGAAAAGCUAGGGUCAAAAGUUGCAAUCUACUCGAUUCUGCUGAAGGAUAUCCACGGCUAUCUAUCUCCAAGCAAGGAGUGUAUGAUGCUUUGCUCUUCACGAACCGCUACUAAGCGGGACUUCCCGCGGGGCAAAAAAAGAAAGGCGAUAUCGGGUUGACUCAGCGAUCUUCGAUCGUGUUAUUUGACCGACACUCUUUCCACACAACUUGCUCAGAUCAAUCGAAUACUCAGUCAAUCGCACACAUAUAACCAUGGCCAACGUUAACACCCGCCUCAAUGUGGCCCCGGUCCCACCAGACGAGAUCUUUGCUUUGAACGGUGCCUACGCCGUCGACACUUUCCCGCACAAGGUUAGCCUGGGUGUGGGUGUCUACCGGACCGACGAUGGCAAGCCAUGGCCCCUGCCUGUCGUGCAAAAGGCCGAGAAGCAGCUGGUAGUAGACAACGACCUCUUCCGCCACGAGUACACGGCUAUCGAGGGUGACGUGCCCUUCCUCGGAAUCGCACGGGACCUGAUGUUCGGAUUCGAGGGCAAGCAGACCGAAGAAGAGGCCAAGGCACGCAUUGGAUCCGUACAGACUGUCGCCGGCACCGGUGCCAACCACCUGGGAGCCAUAUUCCUCGCCCACCACAUGAAACCUCGCAGCGUCUGGCUGUCGAACCCCUCCUGGGCCAACCACCAGACCAUCUGGGAGCUGGCCGGUGUGCCCCGCAAGACCUACCCUUACUACCAUGCCGCAACCCGGUCCUUCGACUUCGAGGGCAUGAUGUCGACCCUCGAGAACGAUGCGCAAGAGGGCGACGCCGUGCUGCUGCACGCCUGCGCGCACAAUCCCACCGGCCUGGAUCCCAACAAGGAGCAGUGGAUGGCCAUUGCCGACCUCUGCGAGCGCAAGAACCUCUUCCCUUUCUUCGACUCGGCCUACCAGGGAUUCGCCUCAGGCUCCGUCGAGGAGGACGCCUGGGCCGUCCGCUACUUCUUCAACCACAAGCCCGACAUGGAGAUGUGCGUUGCACAGAGUUUCUCCAAGAACUUCGGUCUGUACGGCCAGCGUGUCGGUGCGUUCCACUAUGUCACCAACCGCAGCUCGACCUCCAUUCGCGACAUCGUGGUGAACAACCUCUGCCAUUUGAUCCGUGGCGAGUUCUCCAUGGGACCUCGUGUUGGCUGCAGCAUCGUCAAGAAGGUCCUCACCAGCGACGAGCUCACUGCCGACUGGCACCAGGACUUGCAGGUCAUGAGCUCCCGCAUUAAGGCUAUGCGCCAGGCUCUGUACAAUGAGCUGGUCCGCUUGCAGACCCCCGGCACCUGGGAGCACAUUAUCCAACAGAACGGCAUGUUCUCCUACACCGGUCUCUCCCCCAAGCAGGUCUACGCCCUGAAGGACAAGUAUCACAUCUAUCUACUCAAGUCCGGCCGAGCCUCCAUCAGCGGCUUGAGCGAAAAGAAUGUCGCAUACGUCGCACGGGCAAUUGACGAUGUCAUCCGGACCGAGAACUAAAUCAUUUGAAACGGGUCCGAGCUGGACGAAUUUUUGAUUUUCAUUUCAGUUGCAUGCCCUGAGAGGAUAUCGGAUCUCUCUCAAAAGUCAAGUUUCUGUUUCAGACUUUGCAUCUGGCGGGCCAUAUUCUGAUUUUACGACAUUUCAUGAUAGAAUUCACAUUUAGAGAAUCAUUGCCAG